CCCUAGCUCCCAAUGUUAGCUACGCCUUGAAUUUCAAUUUUGUCGGAAAAAUUCAGACGGAUACUGUGGGUCUUUUCUCUGCCAGCUAUAUGGAUGCGGCGGCAAUGAAGACCAAGUGGGUGCUGUUAACCCACAUGCAGCCCAUCAACGCACGCUUAGUCUUUCCUUGCUUCGACGAACCCACUUUCAAGGCCAAAUUUCAGCUGCAGAUUACCCGACCAGCUAGCCUCAAUGCCGUCAGCAACACGAAGCUAAUUCAAACGGUUAACGAAGACAAUAAUCGCCAGACGGAUCACUUCGAGGUGACACCCAUUAUGUCAACCUGCUCGUUGGCUUUCGUUAUCUCCGAGUACCAGGUGCGAGGCAACAGCGAUAUCUCCAUUCUUACCCGACCGGCGUACAAUGGCUACAUGGAGUUCAGCUACUCAGUCGCAGAGCGUGUACUGCCAGCAUACGGUAAUCUGUUCAAUCAGUCUUACAAGCAACUGGGCAACCAGGUGCUGCAAUACGCGUCCACACCACGUCUUUCCCAAAAUAGCGUCGACAACUGGGGACUGGUCAUAGCCAAGGAUGACGUUCUGCUGGAGCAGCCAGGCGUUACUGAUGGAUGGACGCAGAAGGAGUUCACAAUUCGCAACAUAGUCCAGGAGAAUUCCCAUAUGUGGUUCGGCAAUAGCGUCACAUGCAAGUGGUGGAGCUACAUUUGGCUGCACGAGGGCUUUGCGCGCUACUAUGAGUACUUCUUGGGACAGCAGCUAUAUCCGGACUACCAACUUGACCAGCAAUUCCUCGUGCAAACGCUGCAUCAUGCGAUAGUAUUGGAUUCGAAAAAUAGCACGCAGCCAAUGACCAGCGCCCUAGUGAACAUUAAUUCACCUGCAGAUAUCGACUAUAAGUUUGAGAGAAUCGCCUUUGCGAAGGCAGCUAGCGUAAUCCGCAUGUGGAGCGUCGUAAUGGGCGAGGAAAACUUUAACAAAGCAAUCCGAAGCUUCCUCAAGGAUUACCAUUUGAGUAACGCCUCACCCACGGACUUGUAUCCAUAUCUUACGGAAAACUGGCCUAAGGAACAAGAUGUCACAUUAAACUCCUUUUAUUAUGACUUCACCAUUAAAGUGGGCUAUCCGCGGAUAAUUGUGACCCUCAGGCCGGAUGACCAGACCUUCCGCUUUCAGCAGAAACGUUUCUUGUUAGAUAGUAAAGAUGGCAGCGAUACCACCUUGCAAUACACAACGCCCAUCACAUGGACCACGAAUCUUUCCCGUAACUUUCAAAAUCUGACACCCAACUUUUAUUACGAAAGGGGAAAUCCUUACUAUGAGGGCUAUAUAAACACGCCAAUUGACUGGAUAAUUGUCAAUAAAAAACAGGCCUUCUACUAUAGAGUGCACUAUCAGCCACCACUUCUAGGUCGGAUUCAAAAAGCCUUGACCAAGGACAAUCACAGUGAAAUCCCUGUCGAGAAUAGAGCGGCUAUCGUUGAUGAUCUAUUCAACUUUGCCCUCGCCGAAUUGAUUGACUACGUCGAGGUCCUCGAGUUCAUGGAGUACAUGAGCACAGAAGCCGAUUAUAUUCCGUGGUAUGCGGCCUAUGUGGGAUUGGAGAGGGUGGCAAAGCGUUUGACUCCACAGCAGCUGCCCAACUUCAAGACAUAUCUAAGCGACAUCACAAAGGCAGUCUAUACCAAGCUGGGCGUGGGUUGGAGCACCAGUGACAAGGUGUUAGAUGUCUACAAUCGCAACCAGCAGAUCUCGUGGCUCUGCAAGUACCAGACUUCCAACUGCACUGCGAAGGUGUUGGAAAAGUUCAAUGCGCUGAACUCUGAGAAGCCAUCACCAGACUAUCGAGAGACUUUCUACUGCGCAGCCGCCAGAACAGACGGGUAUGCUCGCGUCUUGGAGUUGUACAAUAAGGAAAGCAACUACAUAGAUCGCGAGAUCUACUGGCGCGCAGCCAGCUGCACGAGGGACUAUCGGACGCACUACCAGAACGAGAUCUUGGGCAAGGGUAACAGCGUGGACCUGAAGAUUGUUGGCCUAGCACAGCUCUAUGAGCAGAAUCCCGACUUGGUGACGCCCAUCUUCCAGAUGGUAACCGAGAACAUUGCACAGUUGGCCGAGGCCUUGGAAUCCAGCUGGCCAAAGACCGCUCAGGCUCUGAGCGAUAUGGCGGAGUACUUCACCACGCGGGAGCAGCAGCAACUCUUCUCUAACUUCUACAAGCAAAGCCAAGCAUCAUUCGGCAGCUCCGCGGAGAUACUCAACCAGGCACAGGUCAAGAUAGAGGAGAACUUGCAAUGGUCGGAGAAGCGCUUGGGCAAGUUUGUGAAUUACCUGGCUCAGAGAAAUGGAGUUGCUGGAUUGGCGUUGGUUUCAUCGCUGCUGAUGGUCGUGUCCACCGUAUUGAGCUUUUCAUAUUGUAAUCUAAUCUUUCGAAAAAUCACCUCAUUUUUGGAAGGUAUUCGACGAGCCAUCGACAUGUCCAGUUCGUGGUUCAGCUUUUGGCCUCUGGUCGCACUUAUCACAUUAACAUGGAUCGGAGGAUACGAGUGUGAAAUCAACUAUAGGCUAAAAACUGACGUAUUGCCCUCGUUAUAUAACCUUAAAAUUCAGUUGCGGGACAAUACGAUAACACCUGAUAGCCCUGCUACAAAUUACGAUGGCGAGGUCAGCAUUACUUUGCAGACACCACUGGAGAAUGUGAAGGAAAUCACGCUGCACAAGGAUGUUUCGCUUGUAAUCCUGAAGUGUGUGCUUUUGAAUGCCGCUGGCCAGCAGGUCGAAUUGGUCAACAACGCCAAACUAACAUCUGUAGAGCAGUCGCAGCAGCUAACAGUGGGUCUGACCCAAGCCCUAGCUCCCAAUGUUAGCUACGCCUUGAAUUUCAAUUUUGUCGGAAAAAUUCAGACGGAUACUGUGGGUCUUUUCUCUGCCAGCUAUAUGGAUGCGGCGGCAAUGAAGACCAAGUGGGUGCUGUUAACCCACAUGCAGCCCAUCAACGCACGCUUAGUCUUUCCUUGCUUCGACGAACCCACUUUCAAGGCCAAAUUUCAGCUGCAGAUUACCCGACCAGCUAGCCUCAAUGCCGUCAGCAACACGAAGCUAAUUCAAACGGUUAACGAAGACAAUAAUCGCCAGACGGAUCACUUCGAGGUGACACCCAUUAUGUCAACCUACUUGUUGGCUUUCGUUAUCUCCGAGUACAAGGUCCGAGGCGACAACGAUCUCUCCAUUCAUAGCCGUCCGGAGUAUUACAACUACACGGAGUUCAGCUACUCAGUCGCAAAGCGCGUACUGCCAGCAUACGGGGAGCUGUUUCAGCAGACUUAUCAGCAAUUGGGCAACGAGAUACUGCAGUACGCGACCACACCCCGUUUUUCCCAUAACAGCAUGGAGAAUUGGGGCCUCGUCAUUUUCAAGGAUAAGGUGCUUCUGGAGCAGCCAGGCAUUACGGAUGGAUGGAUGCAGAAGGAGUUCACGAUUCGCAACAUAGUCCAUGAGAGUGCCCACAUGUGGUUCGGAAAUAGCGUCACGUGUGAAUGGUGGAGCUUCAUUUGGCUGCACGAAGGAUUCGCGCGCUACUACGAGUACUUUAUGGGUCACAAGCUAUAUCCGGAAUAUCAACUGGACCAGCAGUUCGUGGUGCAUAAGCUUCAGCACAUCCUCACGACCGACUCUCUUAAUUUAACACAGCCGAUGACCAGUGCAGAGGUGGACAUAAACACACCUGCAGACAUCGACUUCAAGUUCGGCAGAAUCUCAUUUGCCAAGGCCGCAAGCAUAAUCCGCAUGUUCAGGUUUGCAAUGGGCGAGGACAACUUCAAUACGGCCAUCACGAACUACCUCAAGGAGUUCCACUUGGGUAACGCAUUGCCCUCCAAUCUGCUAGGACAUCUCAGGGAACAUUGGCCUGGAGACGUAUAUGUCAACCUAAAUCAGUUCUUUGUCGACUUCACCGUGUUGGUCGGCUACCCAAUGAUCACGGUGUCGCUCACUCAAGAUGGCCGUCAACUAAAUUUCGAACAGAGACGCUUUCUGCUGAACGCCACUGAUGGCAGCAACUCUCGAUUGCGCUACACGGUUCCCAUCACUUACACCACGAAUCUGGAUCCUAAUUUCGAGAAUCUGAAGCCAGCAUUUUACAUUGAUAAAUUAAUUGAUGUAUAUCAGCGCAGGUCAGAAGAACCCAUUGACUGGGUCAUAGUUAAUCUGAAGCAGGCCAACUAUCAUCGCGUUAUGUACAAGCAGCCACUGCUCGAUCGCGUUCAAAAAGUUCUGAUCAAGGAUGGCCACAGUGGAAUUCCCGUCGAGAAUCGUGCGGCUAUCGUUGACGACCUGUUCAACUUUGCCCUCGCCGAAUUGAUUGACUACGUCGAGGUCUUCGAGUUCAUGGAGUACAUGAGCACAGAAGCCGAUUAUAUUCCGUGGUAUGCGGCCUAUGUGGGAUUGGAGAGGGUGGCAAAGCGUUUGACUCCACAGCAGCUGCCCAACUUCAAGACAUAUCUAAGCGACAUCACAAAGGCAGUCUAUACCAAGCUGGGCGUGGGUUGGAGCACCAGUGACAAGGUGUUAGAUGUCUACAAUCGCAACCAGCAGAUCUCGUGGCUCUGCAAGUACCAGACUUCCAACUGCACUGCGAAGGUGUUGGAAAAGUUCAAUGCACUGAACUCUGAGAAGCCAUCACCAGACUAUCGAGAGACUUUCUACUGCGCAGCCGCCAGAACAGACGGGUAUGCUCGCGUCUUGGAGUUGUACAAUAAGGAAAGCAACUACAUAGAUCGCGAGAUCUACUGGCGCGCAGCCAGCUGCACGAGGGACUAUCGGACGCACUACCAGAACGAGAUCUUGGGCAAGGGUAACAGCGUGGACCUGAAGAUUGUUGGCCUAGCACAGCUCUAUGAGCAGAAUCCCGACUUGGUGACGCCCAUCUUCCAGAUGGUAACCGAGAACAUUGCACAGUUGGCCGAGGCCUUGGAGUCCAGCUGGCCAAAGACCGCUCAGGCUCUGAGCGAUAUGGCGGAGUACUUCACCACGCGGGAGCAGCAGCAGCUCUUCUCUAACUUUUACAAGCAAAGCCAAGCAUCAUUCGGCAGCUCCGCGGAGAUACUCAACCAGGCACAGGUCAAGAUAGAGGAGAACUUGCAAUGGUCGGAGAAGCGCUUGGGCAAGUUUGUGAAUUACCUGGCUCAGAGAAAUGGAGUUGCUGGAUUGGCGUUGGUUUCAUCGCUGCUGAUGGUCAUAUCCACCGUUUGGACUAUAUUGCUUAGCUAGGCUUUGAAAUCAGGCCAUGUCAAAGUGCCAAAGACUACAAAUCAGACGAAAAUAAAUUUAAUCGUUUAAGUGAUUAAGGC